CGUAUAACUCACCGUUCAUUACCAAAACUCUUUACAAAUUCUUUCACCAAUUCCCACCACUUUCAAACUUCUUCACAACCGAAACCCUCAUCUUCGCCGGAAAAUGUUAAUGCUAGUCGACUGUUCCAACUGCCGGACACCACUGCAGCUUCCGCCGGGAGCCAGAUCCAUCCGUUGCGCCAUCUGUCAAGCCAUUACACGUGUCGCCGAUCCACGAAACCUCCCUCCGCCGUUGCCAACUCAGCCGUACGCUACAUCAUCUAACCACAACUACGCUCCGCCGCCGCCGCCGGCUCCGUCGCCGUACAAUCAGUUACCGUCGUUGAGUCAAACUCCGUCGGUCAACGGACGGAAACGAGCCGUGAUCUGUGGAAUAUCGUAUAGGAGAACGAAGCAUGAGUUGAAAGGCUGCAUCAAUGAUGCCAAGUGUAUGAAGUAUUUGUUGAUUAAUAAGUUUAAGUUUCCGGAAUCUUCUAUUCUCAUGCUCACCGAAGAAGAAACAGAUCGUUACCGGAUUCCAACAAAACAUAACAUCCGAAUGGCCAUGUACUGGCUGGUACAAGGUUGCCAGCCUGGAGAUUCCUUAGUGUUCCAUUUUUCUGGUCAUGGUUCCCAACAAAGAAACUACACUGGUGACGAAAUCGACGGUUACGAUGAGACAUUGUGCCCAUUGGAUUUUGAGACUCAAGGAAUGAUUGUUGAUGAUGAAAUAAACGCAACAAUCGUCAAGCCAAUACCUCAUGGUGUCAAACUCCAUGCCAUUAUUGAUGCUUGUCAUAGUGGCACCAUGCUUGAUUUACCGUUUCUUUGUAGAAUGGACAGGAGUGGUCGGUAUGUAUGGGAGGACCAUAGCCCUCAAUCUGGAAUUUUCAAGGGAACUAAUGGAGGUGAAGUUAUCUCCUUUAGUGGCUGUGAUGAUGAUCAAUCUUCUGCGGAUACAUCGGCUCUAUCGAAAGUGACUUCAACCGGGGCAAUGACAUUUUCAUUCAUACAAGCAAUUGAACGGGGACAUGCAACUACGUAUGGUGAUAUGUUGACAUCUAUGAGAACCACCAUACGCAAGAACGAAAGUGAUAUGGGCGGCGGUGCUGUCACGUCUCUCCUUGGUAUGCUUUUAACCGGAGGAAGCCUUGGUGGUGGUAUAAGACAGGAACCGCAACUCACAGCCAGUGAACCAUUUGAUGUUUAUACCAAGCGAUUCUCCCUCUAAUAAGUAAUCUCCAGUUCUUGUUUAAACUUUAUUCUUGCCAUCUGUAUAGUUUUAAUUUUUUCGAGGAUAUUUAUGACACAUUCGAUUUGUGAUUGUGGAUCAACAAUAUUGUAUGUGCCAAAUAAAAAUUUUCUAAUGUUAUGAGAAAACUAAAAUAUACCAGCCAAA